AUGAGCUCCUCCCCUGGACCUGCCCCUGUCCUGGACUCCAGCAAGGCCGAUCGAGGGGCCUCGCCUGCCCUCUUACCCCGGCUCUACGCUUCCCCGCUCAGCAUGGACAACCAGACCGUCUGCAUUCCUUCUCCAUAUGUGGAGGCCUGUCAAGAUUACUCUCCACCGCACGGGGGAGAGUUCAACCACGGAGCCCUAACGCUCUACAGCCCCGUGUCCUCUGCAGUGCUCGGCUUCCCUCGUCCUCCUGUGUCCGAAAGCCUCGUCCCGCUCAGUCCCACAAUCUUCUGGCCGCCUCACUCUCUGCACUGCCCGCCUCCGCUGGCCUACAGCGAAACACGUUCACACAGCGCCUGGGAGGAGGCCAAGACACACACACUCAGCCAGAGCAGUUCUGUCCUUACUCAUACAAAGCUGUUAGGACAGCAGCUGGAAGGUGACGAUGGCUUGAAUCCCUCCGCAAGCAUUGCGGGUAAAGGAGACACUCACUUCUGUGCCGUGUGCCAUGACUACGCUUCUGGGUAUCACUAUGGUGUCUGGUCAUGUGAAGGGUGCAAGGCUUUCUUCAAGCGUAGCAUUCAAGGUCACAAUGACUAUAUUUGUCCAGCCACCAACCAGUGCACUAUUGACAAGAGCAGACGCAAGAGCUGUCAGGCCUGUCGACUCCGCAAGUGCUAUGAAGUGGGCAUGAUGAAGUGUGGUAUGCAGCCGCCUCUCCGCUUCUGUGUGAGGAGGGAGCGAUGCAGUUAUCGAGGUGCUCGACAUCGUCGAAACCCCCAAAUCAGAGACAGCUCUGGCGGGGCGGUAGGACUGAGAGGUCGAUCCCAGCAGCAUCUAGAGUUCCCCCUCAGUCCCUCUCAGCACCUCUUUCCUUCAGGGGGCAGGGCCGAGGGGCGGGGCCUGAACUAUUCCCCUGAACAAUUGGUCAGCUGUAUUCUGGAGGCGGAGCCACCUCAAAUUUACCUAAGAGAGCCGGUGAAAAAGCCAUACACGGAGGCCAGCAUGAUGAUGUCACUAACAAGCCUCGCUGACAAGGAGCUGGUGCUCAUGAUAAGUUGGGCGAAGAAGAUACCAGGUUUUGUAGAGCUGACUUUGUCAGAUCAGGUGCAUUUGCUGGAAUGCUGCUGGCUGGAUAUUCUGAUGUUAGGAUUGAUGUGGAGAUCUGUGGAUCAUCCUGGGAAACUCAUCUUCACGCCUGACCUCAAGCUCAACAGGGAGGAAGGGAAUUGUGUUGAAGGCAUCAUGGAGAUUUUUGACAUGCUGCUGGCCACCACCUCUCGAUUCAGAGAGCUGAAGCUGCAGAGAGAGGAAUACGUCUGUCUCAAAGCCAUGAUCCUGCUCAACUCCAAUAAUUGUUCGAGUUUGCCACAGACUCCUGAAGAUGUGGAGAGUCGUGGGAAGGUGCUGAAUCUGCUGGACUCAGUGACUGAUGCUCUGGUGUGGAUCAUCUCCAGAACGGGUCUGUCCUCACAACAACAGUCCAUCCGGCUCGCUCAUCUGCUAAUGCUGCUUUCACACAUCCGACACCUCAGCAACAAAGGCAUCGAGCAUCUGUCAAACAUGAAGAGGAAAAACGUGGUGCUGCUGUACGAUCUUCUGCUAGAGAUGCUGGACGCAAACACGUCUCAGAGCAGCCGGAUGCUGGAAGACACACAACAGUCCCCAGAAAACCUUCACACAUCCAGACCUGACCUGAAAGACAGCGACCAGGAGACCCCACACAGUCCACGAGCUGAGGAGACGGUGAACAAGACUUUGCAUUCUAGUCUGCUUCGAGAGGACAUGGACACAAACUGACAGUCACAGACAUCUGUGGCGGGAAAAAAAAAAACUCUGGAUCUGGCAUUUCAUUCGUCCAUCCAUCACCGCAUCUUUUACAUGUGGGAUUUAGACAUGAAAAAAGGAACUUCAAGUGAUCGACGACAACCUGAACCAGACAGGGCUUUCAAACAGCACUCAGUCCUGCUUCAACACAAUGCAAAACUACAUUGUUUUCCUUUAAUGGAGGAAUCAUUCUCAUCUCAUUUGUUCAAGAAAAUCUUCAAUGAAACACUUUUAUGGCUGUAUCUGGUUCUGUACGUGGUAAAGGUGGUGUGUCAUUUCUGUGCCACUAGAAGAAUGAAAACAACAGCAACAAGAUUCAAACACUCCCAAAGUCUGCCAUUGCAACCAGGAAGCCCCGCCCCAAAAAUCACGCCAUUGGCUGAGACAGUGUUACGUUGCGUCCAUUUUGUUCCAAUCAAACCUUAAAUGUUUCGUUUGCCAUCCAAGAUUUCAGACUGAACUAUCGAUUAACAAAAACAGUGCGCACACUUCUAAUAGUUGAUGCAUUUUGUACUCUGUGUUUCUGUAAGUCGUUGGAGUGUUAUUUGCUGUCCUGUAGUGCUUUUCGUGGCUUAUAAAGUACUUGUCAUUGACAGUAAAUAUGUCUUUGCGAGUCGAUGCCUCUUUUGGCUCCUAAAGGCCAAAGUAAAGCGUGUAGCUCUCACUCUCGUAAACACAUUGGUUCCUAAAGUGUCUAUAAUGGUUGCUCAAAGAUGUGUAUUAGUAUUUGAAAGGUACUUUUUAUGUACUAAUAUGUACCUUGUGAUAUUAAUAUGGACUCUUUAGAUACAAAUGUUUGUUUUGUAAAGGUGCAGCCCCAGUGACAGCUCUCAUACCUUUUAUUUCUGAGAGUGCUGGAAAAAUGUCUUUGUAGUGUAUAAUUACUGGUUGAGGGUUUCUCUGGUGCUACAAGUGUUAGCAAUCGUCCAUUCUGAUAUAACACCUCGCAUAAUCACUACAACCUGCAUCUGAAGUGUUCUGAGGAACUGCAGUUGCAUUAAAGCUGGAGUUUAGGAUUUUUCGCAUGUCAUCUAGUGAUAUAU